AUGUCAAAAUUAUUUGCUCUUUACAAUAAAAGUUAUCAUAGUCAUCCUUUGAUCACUUUAGCAUGCGUAAAUGGGAUUUUUGCUACAACUUCCGAUACUUUAGCACAGUCCAUCAUCUUACUUAAAUCUUCAUCCAGUCAAAAACAAUCAUACUUUUGGAAACCUCCCCCUAAAACCACUACUGAUGAAAUUAUAGAAAAAAUCGACGAAACUCUUCCUGCACCACAAAAUCGAAAUCAUCUAAUCCCUGAUAAAGUUUCUCCCAAAGCUGAUAGCAGCAACAAGUUUGAUCUUCUACGUCUUGGAAGAUUCGCAUCCUAUGGAUUUAUGAUCGCACCUGUUCUUCAUACUUGGUUUAGUUUUCUAGAUAAAAAAUUUCCUUUGCCCACUGGAGUUUCUCCCAUUUCCGAUUCUAUCAAAACUAAAACGAAAGCAAAUAAUCCGAUCAUAUCGCAAACUAUGAAAGCAGUUUUUAAAAGAGUUGCAGUGGAUCAAAUUGUGUUUGCACCCUUCGGGUUGUUUUUAUUCUUCGGGGUUAUUGGGAUAUUGGAAAGAAGAGAUAUUAUUAGCAUUAAACAUAAGUUUGAAGAGUCUUACAUACCAGCACUGAAAGCAAAUUACACGGUCUGGCCAUUGGCUCAAAUUAUUAAUUUUAGAUUUCUGUCGCUGAAAUAUCGAAUACCAUUUCUCAGUACCGUUGGUAUUUUCUGGACUUGCUAUUUAAGUCUGUUAAAUAGUGAAGAUAGUCCCGAGAAUAAUAAUUUUAUGGACUUGUUAUCCAAGUCUAUUGAAUAUUGA